AUGGAAGCUUGUAAAGAACCCGCCAAAGGUGCAGCCAUAUCAGAGCAGCCGGCCACAGAUCUUGAGUCGGAGAAUUCUCGCCAGGAUCCAACGGAAUGGCUUCAUAAGCCAGACAGAGGAGAGCUCACGGAGCUCACUCCAGUUGAAGCUUUUAAAUGGAGCGUAGAGGGAGAUCAGUCACCAUUCCCCGAGGUUGCGGCUUGUGUAUCGAAUAAAGAUGACCCUGCCACUGCCUGCAGCACUGUCCGAGCUUGGAUAUUAAUGACAAUUUUUGUCAUGCUUUUCUCUGGUGUGAAUCAAUUUUUUGGCCUACGAUAUGUGAGUUUGAUUUCUGACAUGGCACAACAAUCUCUAACUUUCCAGCCCUCCCUUACGAUCGGCUACGUUGUUGCUCAGAUUCUCGUUUUUCCAAUCGGACGCGCAUGGGAAAAGCUUCCUAGGUGGAGGGUUCCCCUUGGGCCGUUGACAUUUGACGUUAACCCAGGGAAGUUUACUAUCAAGGAGCACGCAUUCAUUGUCAUUUGCGUCAAUAUUAGUGCCACUACUGCAUAUGCACAAGGAGCCUUGGUGGCGAUCGUCAGUCCAGUGUACUGGGAUCGGGAUCUUGGAGCCGGUUUCUCUUUCCUAUACCUCCUGACAACACAAAUGAUUGGAUUUGGUCUGACAGGCCUUGCCCGUCGGUGGAUUGUCUACCCUGCCGCCUUGGUGUGGCCUACUUCAUUAUCAUCCACUGUUCUCUUCCGAGCUCUGCACGAGCCUGAGAGCAAAUUCCCAGCAAAUGGCUGGACUAUCACUCGCUAUCGCUUCUUUGCCUAUAUUACUGCAUUUGCAUUUGUGCUGUUUUGGUUCCCGGAUUAUAUCUGGACAAGUCUGAGCACUUUUGCUUUUGUUACGUGGAUUGUGCCUAACAACCAGAAAGUCAACACGAUAUUUGGAAUGAACUCGGGACUGGGCUUGAUUCCUAUCAGCAUAGACUGGACACAGAUCAACUAUGCUGGUUACCCCCUCAUGACUCCCUUCUACAUUACCUGCAAUGCGUUUGCCGUCGUGGUAUUUUUCUAUCUCUUCUUGUCGCCAAUUCUGUACUACUCCAAUGUAUGGUACAGCGCAUAUCUCCCCUUGCUCUCGUCAGGCACAUUUGACAACACAGGAAGCUCAUACAACAUCACUCGUGUUAUUGAUCCAGCGACAAAAGACUUCAGCUUGGCCAGAUAUAAAGAGUACUCCCCGAUGUACAUCUCCAUGUCCUACUCCCUCACCUAUGGACUAUCAUUCGCCGCAGUUACCGCAAUCGUGGUCCACACCUACCUUUACAAUGGAACGGAGAUUUGGGCCAGAUUCAAGAAUGCCCAGCAUGGAGGCGAGGAUGUGCAUCGUCGACUUAUGCGCUCGUACAAGGAGGUUCCAGAUUGGUGGUAUGCACUUCUUACGGUGGUGGUUCUCGGACUCGGUAUCUUGACGACCAAAUACUGGGACACGGAACUGCCUGUUUGGGGCUUUAUUGUGGUCUGUUUCGGAUUGGCUGUCCUUUUGAUUGUUCCUGAGGGAAUCCUCCAAGGAACGACAAACCAACGCGUGUUCCUCAAUAUCAUUACCGAAAUGAUUGCUGGAUAUGCUUGGCCAGGGAAGCCUAUCGCUAACCUCAUGGUGAAGUGUUAUGGCUAUAAUGCAGUCAAACACGGCAUGGACUUUGCACAGGAUCUGAAGCUUGGACAAUACAUGAAAAUCCCUCCCCGCGUUCUCUUUUUCGGCCAAAUAUACGCUAGUAUCCUAGCAACAGCGACUCAGACCGGAGUCCUGCGAUGGAUGCUCGGCCACAUAGAGGGCCUAUGCGAAACAACGAACAAGCAACGCUUCACCUGUAACGGCGCCAAAGUCAUGUAUAACGCUUCCUUAAUCUGGGGCACCAUUGGUCCUCAACGCAUGUUCCAGUCAGGACAGGUAUAUAACGGACUGGUCUAUUUCUUCCUCAUUGGGCCCGUUGUCACUGUCAUUGUCUACUUCAUCUACCGCCGCUACCCUAACAGCUGGGUUCGCUAUAUCAAUGUCCCAAUUUUCUUCAAUGCCGCUGGCAACAUUCCUCCUGCCAAUACCAGUAAGUUAACCGGUCUCGUCGGGAGAUCGAAAGCUAACGUCACAGCCCAAUACUCCUUGUGGUUCAUCUUCGGCUUCUUCUUCAACUAUCUGAUUCGCAGACGUGCAUUUGACUGGUGGAAGCGUUAUAACUAUCUUCUCCAGGCCGCCAUGGAUACAGGUACAGCAGUCGCCACGAUUGUCAUCUUCUUUGCGCUGGGAUAUCAUGCUAUCACUUUCAACUGGUGGGGAAACACUGUUGGAUCUAAUACGAUGGACGCAAAUUCAACACCCUGGUUGACUGUUCCUAAAGGCGAUCACUUCGGUAAGGGGCCUGGGGAGUUCUAA